AUGGGAGCAACAGAUUCAAAACCAAUUACCAAGCUAUAUGAACACUUUCGAUAAAUAAAUGUUUAUAACAAUGGUAUGUUGUAUAGUAGAUGAUUAUAGACUUUCCUGAGUGUCAAAUUCUACAACAUAAAAGAGAUGCUCAAUAGAAAUUAAUUCUUAGGACUUUGAACAUAACAGAUGAGGUUCACUUUAAGAAAGCUGUGCAACAAUAUUAAGUAAGACAUAAAAUCAAUCAUUAAAAUGUUCUUAAUUUGAGCAAUUACUUUUACUAAUUUGAGUAAUAACUGUGUGGAUAAUUCUAUAAAGUGUACUUAUUAUUCGAAUAUCCAACUGGUAAUUUAGAAUUAGUUCCAGCUCUAAAUGAAAUAUAAUUGACUUCAUAUUUGAAAUAAGCAAUAGCAGGAUUAGCAUGCAUGUAAAAAAAUGAAAUUCCUCAUAAUUCAUUAUAACUCAAAUAUUUAUAUUUGAUGGAUGAGAUAAUAAAAGUGACAGAUCCUAUGUAUUUCUAACAUAGCACUAAUUUUAUGUAGAUUUUAUAAAAUCCUAAUUGUUUGGAAUGCAUUUAUUUAUCUCCAAUUUUAGUAAAAUCAAUAUAGAUAAACAAUUGGUAACCCAAACAUAAUGAAUAUAAAAGCGAUUUAUUCACAUUGGGUAUGUUAUUUUUACAUUUGGCUUUAAAUUAACCAAGUUCAGAUUGUUAUUCAUAUGAAUAAGGGUUAUUAAUUGAAGAUGUUUUGAAUAAUAAAUUAUAAAAGUUGAGAAUGAGAUAUGGUUAACAAUUUUGUGAUUGGUUAACAACAAUGUUAAUAUUGAAAGAAGAUUAGAGACUAGAUUUUUUAUAAAUGGAACAAUACGUUACUAAUUAUUAAUUAGUGAAUAAAUAAUAAUAUGUUCCUAAUGUGAUUUAAAGAUAAUUAAUACCAAUUAUUGAUCCUACUUAUUAAUCUAAUACAAUAUAGACAAUAUAAUAAUAAUAGCAUACAACAACAAUUUAACCAUGUUUAACUCAAGUGAAUAGUGUAUAAUAGAUUUAAUCAAGAAGAGUCUAAUAAGUUUAAGGUAUUUCCCCAUUGGAAUAUGUCCAUUAAUAUACAAUAAAGACAGAUACUUCUUAAAGAAGUCUUACUCCUUUAGGUAAAAUUUUAGUACCUCAAUAAUAAUUGUAAGUAAGAGAUAACAGAGAUAGUUCAGUUCCAAGAUUGAGAGGAUCAAGAUAAAGUAGUAAAGACGUUAAUUAAACUUAUACUUAUGCUAUACCAACUAUUGCAACAGAUUUAUCAAUACUUAGUAAUAAAAGUGGAUAAUAAUAAUAAAUCUAUUUUCCUCCAAAACCUUUUUCAAAUAAAAUGUCAAAUACGAGAACUGUUACAUAACAAAAUUAAUCUAGAAUGAAUUAUACUACAUAAUAACUAUAAGAAUGCCAAUUCAAUAGUUAAUAGAAUUAAUAAACUAAUCCUAUAUAAAAGUAAAUUGUUUCAAUUUAACCUUUGUAACCUGAUUAAUGUGACAAUUUAUAAUUCAAACAACUUAGUGAAAGUGUAAGUAAAUAAUCUUAGUUUGAUGAGAAUAUUGAUCCUUAACCAGAUGAGGAAGUUGAAUAAACAACUUAGAGAUAGGAAUAUUUUAAAUUUUCAAAGAUUUUAAGUGAUUCAACUAAUCUUCCAUAAUAAAUAACAACGACAACAUAAACUAAAGAGUUUUCAUUACCAUACGAUAUUCCUUAAUUUAAAGCUGAUAGUGUAAGUCGACCUGAAUUCGUUGUAGAACAUUAUUCAAAUGGAUCUCGUUAUGAAGGUAUGAAAGCUAAUGGGAUGAGACAUGGAUAAGGUAAAUUUUAUUAUUAAGAUGGUGGAUUAUAUGAUGGUGGAUGGAAGGAGAAUAAAAUGCAUGGAGAUGGUAAUAAAUUAUAUGUACUUUAUAUAGGAACACUUUAUUAUGCAACUGGUUAGCCUGCAUAUUAAGGAUAAUGGAGUGAGGAUUAAUUCUAAGGUCAUGGUACUCUUUAUAAUGAACAUCCUCAACCAUUAUAAGAAUCAUUUGAUUAUAGAGAUUUUGAUAAUGUUGAAGAGUAUUAACUUCCAUAUUCUUAGUUAUUGGAUUAAAUAUAGUGGCAAUUUUGAUUAAGAUAAUAAAGAAGGUCAAGGUACACUUUAUCUAACUAAUGGUGAACGUUUUGUUGGUACUUUCUAAAAAGACUUUAUUAAUGGUCCAGGAAUAUUCUAUUGUAUGAAUGCUAAAAUCAUGGAUGGUAGAUGGAUCAACAACAAACUAGUUUAUUGA